AUGUCGGACGGCUACCAACAACAGUUCCUUCGUGAAAUGGAGUCAGGCUCGUUGCGCAUCGGUGUCUGCACUGAGCCUGUGACCGCCUUUGUCAUGCCGGUCGCAUAUACAUUCGCACCUCCCUGGGUCGGAGAGAUUCCCGAAAACAUGAUCAUUACCGAACAGGCAAAAGAAGAUGCGGAGCGGCGUGCGAAGCUGGAGCGACCCAUGCUCAAGUGGCACAACGCGACACUUGACAUGUGUCCGAGACAAGUUGAUCUCGAUAUCAACAACGAAGACUUCACGCUCCGACCAGCUUGCUGUUCUCUUCAUGACCCUUUACCAGAGACUGAUGCGGAUCUUGCCGCUAACGCGCAGUGGGCUCAACAUCUUGCUAGUCUGGAAACAACUAAGCCUCCGACAAUUUGUUCUGACGACACUCAUCGAGUUCUGGAACCUCACGUGAAGGAAUCUCUCGUAGAGAUGCUGACGUACUGGCGUGACCGGAAGUGGAUCGAUGUUCGAGGCGAUGAGCGAGGCGAACACAUCGACAGGGAAUCAAACUACUUCAUGCGCAACUCUCAGAUUGCACGGCGCGCUGAGAAGGCUUAUGUCUGCACAUCACUGGAUCGUCUUCAAGCUGUUCUUAGUGACUGGAGGUACCUCUCGGACCAUGGACAAGAAUUACUGGAGAUUCCGACAGAAAUUAUGCGGUCAUUCAAUACAAUGUAUGAGGUGCGCGAGUACGUCGAAGAUUCAUCUCAGGCGUAAAAACCUCACCCACGACUUCGGCUUAUUCCACCCACAUCCAAUUCUUCCUCGCACACUCCUGGUUCUGCAACACUAGGCCUCGGCUCAGAGGCGUCGCCUCCCAGGCCGCCUUAGGAGGCCAUUCGGAAUCUGCGUCAUGACAGAGCAAGUUGAGCACUGAUAACAGCGACUCACGAGGAUGCUGCCGAUUUGAUAUCUAAUACCUGUACUCAAAGGCUGUGUUUCGG